GUCAUUCGCCCGGUCCAGUCUGCCCACUUCCUCACAGGCCCCUACCCUAGGUGGAUAUUAGUGGUUGUCGUGGUCUCACCCAGCCCUACUAGCCUUGUGUAUAUUGUGCAAUAAAUAUAUAUAUAAGACGUAUAUUCUCCCACAUCCACAUCUGUGUCUACCAGCACCUUGUGUUUGUCCAGAAUUGGUCAAUUUCUCCCUGUGGCCACACUUACAACAUCAUGUCUCUGCCCAAGGACUUCAAGUGGGGCUUUGCCACGGCAGCCUACCAAGUCGAAGGAGCCACCGAGGAGGACGGGCGAGGCCCCUCUAUCUGGGACACCUUCUGCAAGAUCCCAGGCAAGAUCGCCGACGGCAGCGAUGGCUCCGUGGCCUGUGACUCGUACCACCGCACGGCAGAGGACAUCGCCCUCCUGAAGUCGCUAGGAGUCAACUCAUACCGCUUCUCUCUCUCAUGGUCUCGGAUCAUCCCCCUUGGUGGCCGCAACGACCCCAUCAACCAGGCCGGCCUCGACCACUACAGGAAGUUUGUAGACGACCUCCUCGACGCUGGUAUCGAGCCAUUUGUCACGCUGUACCACUGGGACAUCCCCGACGCACUGGACAAGCGGUACGGUGGUCUGCUGAACAGGCAGGAGUUCCCCCUCGACUUUGAGAACUACGCCCGUGUCGUGUUCAAGGCCAUACCCAGGUGCAAGUACUGGAUCACCUUCAACGAGCCCUGGUGCAGCUCCAUCCUGGGCUACAGCACGGGCUACUUCGCCCCGGGCCACUGCUCGGACCGGUCCAAGUCGGCCGUGGGCGACAGCUCGCGCGAGCCCUGGAUCGUGGGCCACAACCUGCUGCUCGCCCACGGGCGCGCCGUCAAGGUCUACCGCGAAGAGUUCAAGCCCACCGACAAGGGCCAGAUCGGAAUCACCCUCAAUGGCGACGGCGUGUACCCGUGGGACCCCGAGGACCCCGAGGAUGUCGAGGCGGCCGACCGCAAGAUCGAGUUCGCCAUUAGCUGGUUCGCCGACCCCGUCUACUUCGGCAAGUACCCGGACUCGAUGCGCAAGCAGCUGGGCGACCGCCUGCCCGAGUUCACGCCCGAGGAGGCGGCCCUGGUCAAGGGCAGCAACGACUUCUACGGCAUGAACCACUACACCGCCAACUACAUCAAGCACAAGACGGGCACUCCCCCCGAGGACGACUUCCUGGGCAACCUCGAGACCCUCUUCUACUCCAAGAAGGGCGAGUGCAUCGGCCCCGAGACCCAGAGCUUCUGGCUGCGGCCCAACCCCCAGGGCUUCCGCGACCUGCUCGGCUGGCUGUCCAAGCGCUACGGCUACCCCCCGAUCUACGUCACCGAGAACGGGACGUCGCUCAAGGGCGAGAACGACAUGAAGCUCGAGCAGAUCGUCGAGGACGACUUCCGCGUCAAGUACUUUGACGGCUACGUCAAGGCCAUGGCCCUCGCCUCCAAGGAGGACGGCGUCGACGUCCGUGGCUACAUGGCCUGGUCGCUCAUGGACAACUUUGAGUGGGCUGAGGGUUACGAGACAAGAUUCGGUGUAACAUAUGUCGACUAUGAGAACGGCCAGAAGCGCUACCCUAAGAAGAGCGCAAAGAGUCUGAAACCACUGUUUGACAGUCUGAUCAAGAAGGACUAAGUACCAGGUCUGAGGGGAAUGCUGAUGAUAAUGAAUCUGUGGAUGAUGUUUCAAACUUAUAUAUGGACGGGCGUAGUGUAUAUCUUUGGUUGACCUUUGACACACUCCAGUGGUGACACCUAGGCACUCAUGAUUAAUUACAUAGCCUGUGAAAAUUUGAGAACUGACAACA